AUGACUUCCCACGAGCCAAAGGCCAAAGAUAUCGACACCAGUCCGCCGUCUGACGACUAUGUCUCCGACACCAAGGAGCCCGAGGUCGGCACCACGACCGUCCUCGCCGCCCAAAAUGGCCUGACCGACGCCGAGUUCGCCACUACCGGCGCCAUCGAGAACAUCGAAAAAGAGUACACCAUCGAUUCCGACAAUUCGCCCUGCGCCGAGGUGCGCGCAAACGUCCCCAACACCGACGACUACCAUCUGCCCGUCAACACCCUGCGUAUGUGGGUGCUGGGCCUCCUCUUCACAAUUGCGAGUCAUGCCCUUGUUGGCUCUGGCAUCAACCAAUUCUUCUCGAUGCGUUAUCCCAGCGUGACAAUCACGUCACUUGUUGCCCAGCUGGUCUCUUACCCGCUGGGGUGUGCCGUGGCUAAGGCUCUUCCUGUCAAGACAAUCCGCGUCUUUGGCUACCCGCUCGUCAUCAACCCGGACCAUUCCUUCAACAUCAAGGAGCAUGCCGUAAUCACCAUCAUGUCCAAUUUGAGCUUCGGCACCUCCUGGGCUACCGACAUCAUCCAAGCGCAGAAAGCCUUCUACCACACCGAUGCUGCCGUCGGCUACCAGUUCCUGCUCGGCCUCUCCAUGCAGCUCUUCGGCCUCGGUUUGGCCGGCCUCUGCUACCGCUUCAUCGUCGAGCCGCCGCAGAUGAUCUGGCCGUCGACCCUCGCAAACGCCGCCCUCUUCGAGACGCUGCACAGCCGCGCCAACCCCAUCGCCGACGGCUGGUCCAUCUCGCGCUACCGCUUCUUCCUCUACGUCUUUGUAGGCGGCUGGUGCUGGUACUGGUUCCCUGGCUUCAUCUUCACCGGCCUCAGCACCUUCGCCUUCAUCUGCUGGGCCGCCCCGGACAACAAGAUCGUGAACAACCUGUUCGGCAUGUCCACCGGCCUCGGAUACCUGCCGACCACGUUUGACUGGAGCCAGGUCGCUUACAAUGGCUCGCCUUUGGUUGUCCCCUUUUGGGCUCAGGCGAAUGUGUUCAGCGGUUGGCUCUUCCAUUUCGCUCUCGUCGCACCCAUUCUUUACUAUACGAACACCUGGUGGACGAGCUAUCUGCCGUUGUCUGGCUCUGACUCGUACGACAACACUGGCCAGGUUUACAAUGUGACAAAGAUUGUCGAUGCCCGGGGCAACUUCCUGAAAGAGCAGUAUGAGGCCUAUUCGCCCAUCUUCAUGCCUGCCACUUUCGCCCUGAGCUACGGUCUCUCCUUCGCCGUCAUGGCUUGCUUGCCCGUCCACAUCUUUCUGUACUACUGGCGCGAUAUGUGGAAUGCCGUCAGGGGAGACAGGAAGAAGGACAUUCACGCACGGCUACUCACGAGAUACAAAGAUGUGCCAUGGUGGUGGUUCGGAAUCAUUACGAUCAUUGUCCUCGCCAUCAGCAUCAUAUGCAUGGAAGUCUACCACACCGAAAUGCCCGUGUGGGGCAUCCUCGUUGCCUUCGGCAUGGCCAUUGUUUACAUCAUUCCCGUUGGCACCGUCUACGCCGUCGCGAACCUCAACGCCAACGUGUUGACUGUGCUCGGCGAGAUCAUUUCAGGGUACCUACUUCCCGGGAAGCCCAUCGUCAUGCUCAUCUUCAAGUUCUACGCCUACACCGCCCUCAGCCAAGCCAUGAACUACUGCUCCGACAUGAAGCUUGGCCUCUACAUGAAGAUCCCCAAGCGCACCCUCUUCGUCGCACAGCUGACAGCCUGCAUCAUGGGCUCCCUCACCCAAAACGCCGUCCUCCUCUGGAUGCUCGGCAACAUCAAAGACAUCUGCUCAUCAGACCAACCCAACGGCUACACCUGCCCACAAGGCCGCGUCAACUUCACCUCCUCCAUCAUCUGGGGCGCCAUCGGGCCCGCGCGCCUCUACAGCAUCGGCAAGAUCUAUUCCGGGCUCCUGCACUACUUCUGGAUCGGCGCCCUCCUACCCAUCCUCACCUACCUCCUGAAAAAGAAAUUCCCUGCCCGCAAGUGGCUCGGCGCCAUCCACUGGCCGCUCUUCUUCGCCGGCACGGGGAACCUGCCGCCCGCGACGGGCAUCAACUACACGACGGCCUUCGCGGUCAGCUUCGUGUUUAACCGCGUACUGAAGAGACGUUGGCCGCAUUGGUGGGCGAAGUACAAUUACGUGCUGUCGGCGGCGCUGGACAGCGGCGUCGCGGUCAGCGCGAUUGUGAUUUUCUUUACGGUCGUUUUUCCGGGCGCCGAGUUCAAGUGGUGGGGGAAUACGGUGAGUGGGACCACGGUCGAUGGGAAGGGGACGCCGUGGAAGGAUGUGCCGGAGAGCGGGACGUUUGGGCCGAGUCGGUGGUAG